GAAUCACAUUUCACUCGUUCCCGAGCAGAGUUAACGAAGUGAUCCCGAGAAAUUAUAAAAUAUAUAUAUGAUAAAAACUCGGCGAACAGUGGAUGUGAAAUUCAUUUUUUUUUCUUUUUUUCAACAAGUGCUUAUUCAAUUCUGUUUAAAUUUUGGUGGUUGGACUUAUCGGCAACGACUUCAAAUAAUAAGAUUAGACAUGAAAGCAAUGAAAAGCUGCUUAUCUUAGUUUACUUCAUUACAAGGUGACCCCCAGGCAAAGUAUGUCAAGUGAUGUUAUUUCCUUGUUGGUGAUUGUAAUGGACGAGUGACAUCAUGCUCUGAGCAUUCUCUGGCAUGAACUCUCAUAAGAGGAUGGAAACGUAGGAACAAGACAGCAAACAACUGAUGGCUUAUUUCCGUCGACCGAGAUGAGAUCACUAGAAUGCGAGGUUUGCAUUGAGCAUUUCGACGAAGAUACCCACCUACCCAGAUGCCUCACUUGUGGCCACACCCUGUGCACAUCAUGCAUUGGAAACAUUCUUGAACAGUCGCCAAUCUUGAAAUGUCCUUUCUGCAGAAAACAACACAGGCUUCCUGUCAGCGGGCCCGGGGAGCUCCCAGUCAAUUACUCUAUGAUGAGGGUGGUUGGAUGUCGAAGAAUGUCAGGUGGGACAUCCCAGGAAAACCUCGACGACUGGUUUGUUUGCACCAAACACGACAUGGGCAAGAGCGCCGAGACCCUGUGCGGCGACCUCGAAAACGAGCUCAAUACCCUGAAAAGGCUUCAGAAGCGUCUCGAAUCCAAAGCACAAGGGCACGCGCGCCUCUCUGAAAGAAUCCAAGAGUACAUCAAUUACGUGAAGAAGGUCGGGGCCGAUAUCACUAAGGAAAAGUCGGACACGAAAAAGGCGAUAGAGGAAGGAAGUGCCAAGUGGGAUAAACUCAAGGAAUCCAGGAAGAAACUCGAGAGCUCGGGGACGCUGUUGGAAAUGGCAGAAGCCCAUCAGCUGAUUGUCGCUUGUCACUCCGAUAUUCAGAAAUGGAGGGUAGGAACGCGUCAUUUACACCAAAGCGACGUUUUCAAGAGUUACAGAGAUGUGAAAAGGGUAACUGCCGAAGCGCUGGCAUUAAUCCCAGUUAAGCAAAAGGAAUCCGCUGUCAAGGAACGAAUGGUCGGCUCACACUUUCUUCUUUACAUCAUAGUUUUUGUGGUCGGCAUCCUUGCAGUAUUUGGGAAAGGACGUGAAAAAUAGACUGUUGAUCAACAUGACGGAUGGCUACAUGUAGUGCAACAGUAUUUAUAUCAAGCGACUCAUACACACACACAC